GUAAGAAAAGAAGGAUCUAUAAACGGCACCGUUUUACCGAACGACAGGACAAAUGGUCUCGUGAUGGUGGUGUCAAUGUGAUCGAUCUGCAUCACGGCUUCCAAUUUUUAAUCAUGUAUUCUGAAAAGCUCAAUUGCGCACUAAAUCGCUACUUCUCCCUGUAAUUCAAAAUCAAUCCUCUCUUUACGGACCACCACGACUCCUACUCCGACAACAACAGCUUUGUCACUGCUCAGGGAAUCUCCUUACCUUUCUUGUCUGGCCCAUUCCUGGGAUUAUUCGAUCACUAUCUGACCACAUGAAGUGAGAGAACUGGUCAAACAUUUGUAGAGUUUGCCCGGAAAUGGAGAAUUCACCUACAACAAUCGGCUCAAAAGGUUUGAUAAAGCAGCAUGAAUUUGUAAGGGUUAUAAUUCAAAGCCUUUAUUCCUUGGGUUAUAGAAAGUCAGGUUCUUGUCUUGAAUCGGAAUCUGGGGUUUCAUACAAAUCUAUGAAUCUUGAGUUGCUGGAAUCACAAAUAUUGGAAGGAGAUUGGGAUGGCUGCAUAAAUACCCUUUGUGCUAUUCAGGAGUUGGCGGAUGAAACGAGAGCAUCGGUGUUGUUUCUGGUGUUUAAGCAGUGUUUGUUAGAAUAUUUAAUUGGUGGCGAUGAUUGUUUAGCUCUUUCAGUCUUGCGGAACCAGGUUCCUGCAUUACGAAUGGGCAAGGAGAAUGUCCAUAAUCUUGCUUAUAGUAUAAUUUGCUUGAAGGAGAUGGAAUUGAGUAAGGCAGAUGACAAUGCCAUUCAUGGCCAGCGGAAAAACUUGCUCACAGAGUUGGAAACGUUGCUUCCUCCACCAGCUGUGCUGCCUGAAAGAAGGUUAGAACAUUUGGUUGAAACUGCUAUUACAGCUCAAAUUGAUUCAUGUGAUUAUCACAAUCCAGUUGAGCCAAUUUCACUUUAUGAGGACCAUAACUGCUCAAGAGACCAGUUUCCCACAGAGACCAUCCAGACAUUGACUGAGCAUGAGAAUGAAGUUUGGUUUGUUCAAUUCUCUAAUAAUGGGGAGUACUUAGCUUCUUCUUCAAGAGACUGCAAAGCCAUCAUAUGGAAGGUACUGGAAGAUGGGAGGUUGUCAUUUAAACACAUGCUAAGAAGCCAUCAAACCCCGGUAUCCUUUGUAGCAUGGAGCCCUGAUGAUACAAAGUUGCUAACGUGUGGAAAUGUGGAAGUUCUCAAGUUGUGGGAUGUGGAAACAGGUACAUGCAAGCAUACUUUUGGGGAUCAUGGCUUCGUUGUCAGUUCAUGUGCUUGGUUUCCCGACUCAAAGAGAUUUGUGUGUGGCAGUUCUGACCCUGAAAAAGGCAUCUGCAUGUGGGACUGUGAUGGCAACGAGAUAAAAGCAUGGAGGGGCACAAGGAUGCCUAAGGUUUUGGAUCUUGCUGUCACACCAGAUGGGGAAAAUCUGAUCAGUGUAAUGUCAGAUUUAGAAAUUCGGAUAUUAAAUGUCAGGACAAAUGCUGAACAGGUCAUUCCAGAAGAGCAACCAAUUACUUCCCUGUCAGUUUCUGCUGAUAGCAAGUUCUUUAUUGUCAAUCUUAAUAGCCAAGAGAUCCAUUUGUGGGAUGUUGCGGGAAAAUGGAAGAAACCAUUGAAAUAUAUAGGCCACCAGCAGCACAAGUAUGUGAUAAGAUCCUGCUUUGGUGGAUUGGAUAGCUCAUUCAUUGCCAGUGGUAGCGAGAAUUCAAAGCAGGUUUACAUCUGGAAUCGGCGGAACUCAAGGCCAAUUGAGGUUUUGUCUGGCCAUUUAAUGACAGUGAACUGUGUCUGCUGGAACCCUAAAAGGCAUCAAAUGCUGGCUUCAGCUAGUGACGACCAUACCAUCCGUAUAUGGGGACCAAGCCGAUCCAAGAACAUACAGUGUUAGAAGAGUGUUUGAUCAAGAAGGAUACAAAACCAGUAUUGCUGCCCAAACCUGCAUGUGCAUAGUAUUUGUUUUCCCCAAUUUGUUAUUUGUUCGUAGAUUUCUAAAUAGGUGGCAUCCCGGUGCCCCUUUCCAAUUUUUUCUCUUGCAUAUGUGAAUUAUUUAGAUGUUUUGAGCAAGUGUAUGUUUAAGAAAUAGAUGAUGCCUUGUAUAAUGCCUUUGUACUCACAUGCUAUGGUACAAAUGUCUUUCUGAUCGAGCAGUGAUCUUUCUUGGCAGCUGCA